AGGGGAGAAAAGAGGAAAUGAUUCUGAGGAUUCAUUUCCAUUUUGAAAUCUUGUAAAUGUUACUUUGUCACUGGAGGAGGGGUCUCCCAUGUCGUUUGGGGAAGAAAAGUGUGGGUGAGGGUUUGGCUACACAGCUUAACCAGGAGGCUGCGACAUUUGACAGAUUGGAAAUUACGGUAGAAGGAAGAGUGUGUGUGGCAUCAGCUUGUAUAUUGGGCAAGGAGAGCGUGAUAGAGCAGUGACACCUCCACACGCAGACAGACGAUGGAUCCUCAGUGCAUUGGAGCCUUGCUUCUUCUCGCGAUCGGCUUAAAUCAAGCAAGUGCAUCAGCGAAUCGGUUGAAUUAUUUCCUGAAGGUUACUACAGAUGGCCCCAUCACCAGUGGAGCCCAGGCUACAAUCAGCGCCAGGCUGAUGGUAAGGAACGGGAGCCAGAUGCAUCCAGCUCAACCCAACGCUUUCCACUUCCACUGGAAACUGCAGCACACUCUUUCCAUUAAGUGGCGAUCAGAAGAUAGUUCUUCCAUCAGUGUGCUGGCACCUUUGGCAAACAUCUACGACCUUCAGGUUUGGGUGACACAUGCGGAUUGCUGGAUAUGCCUACCAGUGGCAAUUGGCUUUGCCACGCUUCAUGUCACAGACUCUGUGGUGGGACAUGUUUCAUUGAUGCAGUCAAAUAGUAGCAUUGACCCUGAGGCUGGAAGUUAUCAACUGGCUACCAACACCUCAACCAAGAUCUCCUUCAUUCUUUAUGAUCCCAGUAAUUACUUCAGCACAGCUUCAUUCCUCUACAUUUGGAGAUUUGGAGAUGGGAGUAAAAUGGUCACAAACGAAUCCUAUGUAUCAUAUAUCUUUCACACCCGCGGGGUUUACCACCUGAGAGUUGAAGUUCUUGCUCAUCUGAAUGCUUUCCAGCGAAAAAAUGGAGUCUACACAGCCACACUGAAUCUACUAGACCCAGUCCGAGCAAUUGAGAUCACCAGUAACCAAGACAACCGGGUCGACCAUAGAAUGGACUUUUUGUUGUAUAUCAACGGCAGCCCGCCGCUGAGCCUGUGCUGGUUGAUCUCUCCGGACUGCAUCCCAGACCCUGGACAUGAGUGUCACUCAGUGUCGCUAAAGAGGACAUCACACUACAAUCUCAGCUACACCUCGAGUGAACCGGGCCCUUACACUCUCAGCGUCCGAGCCCAGAAUGACAUCAGCGCCUUUCACACAUGCUAUACAGUAAACACUUGGCAAACAGGUGUCCACCAAGUCUGGUUCAUCAUCCCAUGCAUCGCUCUCUUAACUCUGAUUCUAAUUUUCAUACUUUCCGUCACCAUCAGAAACAGCUCGGGACAGAAGGACCUCGUGGAGGUGGCAGAUUUCGAUUUCUCUCCAGCCACGACCAAACAGGCGGCAGCAGACCGGGCUCCACCCCGCAGCCGCGAUCAACCGUGGUGUUGCUUUCCAACAGCAGACGAAGAAGACGAAGGAGAGAAAGAGGACCAGCCACUCCUGAAGCCCACCCGCCCGGCACCCCCGAAUUACACCCACCCGUAGGGCACCCCCGAAUUACAGCCACCCGCCCGGCACCCCCCGAAUUACACCCACCCGCCCAGGAUGUGAACUGCACCCCAAGUCACCUUCACAGCACUGCGUCCUCGACUCUGCCGCUCUUCCCAUUCUGCAGCAAACCCUGGCCUUUUAUACAAAGUGCAGCACACGCUGGGUCGGCAGCGCUCCGGGACACUAUCCCGCCUGAAGGGCGCUAUAUAAAUGCAAGUUGUUGUUGUCACACCCUCCAGCAGUGAGGGCCAAUGUCCAUAGCCUUGUGAGCCAGAGCCUUACAUAGAUAGGGCGGCCUUAGCGCUGCACUGCAGUUACUAAUUCCCUUCCACAAGCCAUUAACUUGUGCAGGGAAACUGUACAUUAUCUGAUCUCUGCUCCUAACCUCGUUAAAGGCACGGUUCAAAAUGUACCUCCUUGACCACUGCUUUCAAUCAUCUUUCUUCUUCCCAACACACUCAGCUUCCAACCCCUAGCGUUCAGGUGUCCAUGCAGUAUUGUCAAGCACUUUGAAACGUCCUCCCAAGUGAAAGGUGCUGUAUAAAUGUAAAUUGUAUUGUAUCUUAUUCCUAGUUAUUACCUUUCGUCUGAACCAUAAAAACAGCUGCCCAU